AUGGCAGCGUCUCUUGCCCCAGAGUGCAACAACCUCAAAGAGUAUUUUGAUACAUCCCUUCAUAUUGUCCAUAUAAUGUGGUCUGACUUUUCUUUCAGGAAAUAUGAUACUUGUUUCCUCAAGUGGUACAGCGAGAGUAUGUCAUCCAUUUCUUAUCUUUUCAAGGAGUACAAGAAAUGCCUGAAUAAAGCCCUCGAGGAACGGGGUAUCGACAAGAUGCUCGAGGAAGCGAGGAAAGACAAACGAAAGAGAAAAGAGAAGAGAAGGAAAACAAUCCCAGAACUGAAAUGGAGCUCCUUACCUCGAUGGACGGCUAGAAUAGACGAUAUCGAGAUCUUUAUCAGAAUGGACGGGAAGUCUGCCAUUGUGUCGGAAAUUGUCGACAGCCAUGGCUCUCGGGCUGUCCUUCAGGCCCUUGUUCCAGCGAGAUUCGAUGUCCUUGCUGACCGUCUUUGUAUGGAAUUUCGCUACGAAUAG